AUGGGUGCCAGAAUUCAACUUGUUUGCCUUGUUGUGGAAUGUAUCUUACGUCUUACAUGUGUGUUAGCUAUGCUGAAGUUGAAUGAACAAGAAUUUCUUGGCGAAGCCAGUUGUGUAGUAUCUGAGAUAUUGACUAAACAAAGUCGGAGUUUGACCCUUCGCCUUCACAAUAAAAAUGGGCAGAGUGGUCUGAAAAACUUGGGGACACUAAUUGUCCAUGCAGAGGAAACUGCCGGUUCAAGAAAUGCUGUAGAGAUGACAUUCCAUUGUUCCAACUUGGAUAACAAGGACCUAUUUUCCAAAAGUGAUCCUUUCUUGAGAGUAUCUAGGAUUGUUGAGACUGGUAUUACCGUUCCAAUUUGCAAGACAGAAGUCGUGAAUAACAACUUGAAUCCAAUUUGGAAGCCUCUAUGUCUCACAAUGCAGCAAUUUGGGAGCAAGGCAAGUUUGUCAAUUCUUGAUAAUCCAUUAGUUAUUGAGUGCUUUGAUUUCAAUAGCAGUGGCAAUCAUGUACUGAUCGGUAAAAUGCAGAAAUCAGUGACGGACCUUGAAAAACUUCACAAAGAAAAGAUUGGUGCAAAUUUUAUCAUACCAUCUGCUCGCCAGGGUCAUGAAAAGGUUCUGAAGGGUCAACUUUUUGUUGAUGGCUUUGUUGAAAAGGAACUGCACAGUUUUAUCGAUUACAUUUCUAGUGGCUUUGAACUUAACUUUAUGGUUGCUGUUGAUUUUACCGCUUCAAAUGGAAAUCCUCGCAGUGUAAGUUCUUUGCACUACAUUGAUCCUUCAGGCCGGUUGAAUGCUUACCAGCAGGCUAUAACGGAGGUUGGCGAGGUCAUACAAUUCUAUGAUUCUGAUAGGCGCUUUCCUGCUUGGGGCUUUGGAGGAAGGACGUUUGAUGGUUCAGUAUCUCAUUGUUUUAACUUGAGUGGUACAGGUGGCUUUGAGGUUGAAGGAGUGGAAGGUAUAAUGGCUGCUUAUUCAGGUGCUCUGCACAAUGUUGCUCUUGCUGGACCCACCUUAUUUGGUCCGGUUAUCAACAAGGCUGCAGAAAUUGCUGGGCAUUCCCUCUCAUACAACAAGAGCAAGUACUUUGUCUUGCUGAUUAUAACGGAUGGAGUCCUUACUGAUCUUCAGGAAACUAAAGAUGCUUUAGUGAGAGCAUCUGACCUACCGCUUUCAAUUCUUAUUGUUGGAGUUGGUGGUGCAGAUUUUGAAAAAAUGGAGAUCCUAGAUGCCGAUGGUGGGCAAAGAUUAGAGAGUUCCACGGGAAGGAUAGCUACACGAGACAUUGUACAAUUUGUUCCGAUGCGUGAUGUGCAUAGUGAGUUCAUCUUUGUUUAGCUUACAAAUUUUAAAGAUGUUAGACAUUUCGGUCAGAUUUUUCUUGUUCCUCAUAUGCAAUUCUAAAACAUAAUUGUUCUUUUCAUGUUCCUAUUUUCUAGUGUAUGUGUAUCUACUGUAUUCUUGUCAACCUUCUUUGAUGCUUUAAGCUUCUUAGCUUGCCUGUUAAUGAAGCUCAAGUUGAAGGUGGAUUCAAAGGUGGUCUUGGUUAUUAAUACCAAAAAGUGCAGUUGUGAGGGGUUCAAGAUCGAAUUUUGA